GCCGCGCCCGCCCUUCCUCCCUCCCCUCCACAGCAUUGCAGCAUUCGCAGACUGCAGCUCCCAGACGCCGCCCGCAUCCCUCCGGCCGCCGAAGCCCCAGCCGCCUCCAGCACCAUGGCCAGCACCGUAUCUGCCUACAAGGAGAAGAUGAAGGAGCUAUCUGUGCUGUCGCUCAUUUGUUCCUGCUUCUACUCGCAGCCUCACCCGAACACCAUCUACCAGUAUGGGGAUAUGGAAGUGAAGCAGCUGGAUAAGCGGGCCUCUGGCCAGAGCUUCGAGGUCAUCCUCAAGUCUCCUUCUGACCUAUCUCCAGAGAGCCCUGUGCUCUCUUCUCCUCCCAAGAGGAAGGAUGCUUCCUUGGAAGAGCUGCAGAAGCGGCUGGAGGCAGCUGAGGAGCGGAGGAAGACUCAGGAGGCUCAGGUGCUGAAGCAGCUGGCAGAGCGACGUGAGCAUGAGCGGGAGGUGCUGCACAAGGCGCUGGAAGAAAACAAUAACUUUAGCCGCCUGGCGGAGGAGAAGCUCAACUACAAGAUGGAGCUGAGCAAGGAGAUUCGCGAGGCGCACCUGGCGGCCCUGCGCGAGCGGCUGCGUGAGAAGGAACUGCACGCUGCUGAGGUGCGCAGGAACAAGGAGCAGCGGGAGGAAAUGUCUGGCUAAAGAGCACUGGACCCAGCAGCAACAAGAACAUUUUCCGGUUUUGUUUUUGUUUUCAAUUCUGUCUAGAUGCGAAUUUUGUGCCUGCUCCUAUCUGCUUCCCUGUACCCCCAGCUUCCUGCUUUUCUCCCACAUUCUGAACUGUCCAGUCCUUGUGAUGUGUCUGACCUUGGGCUCUUCCUGAAGGAGCUCCCUAGGCAGGAAUAUGGUCCCCUAUUCAGACACUAGGCCAGGUGUGGCUGGGGCUCUCUUAGUGGCCCUCUUAGUGGAUGUGUUGGCAACCUUAAUAAAUCUAGUGGCAGUGGCACAAA